AUGUCGACUAAGAAAGUGACGUUGAAUAUUCAACAACGCCUUCAAGUGUUGGAGGAUUUAAAAACUUUUCCUGUUCGGAUUGUUGCUGCGAAAUAUCAAAUACAUCCGCAAACAGUUCGGAGAAUUAAAAGCAACGAAAUUCGCAUUCAACAAUUUGCCGCGAAGGGUAAAAAGCAGCAAAAACGGCAACGAAUAAAGAAAGCAAUGUACCCUGAUCUUGAAGGACAAUUGUUCACGUGGUUCAGUGAAAGAACAGCUCUUGGCGAUCGAAUAAGCGAUAUGCUCAUACGAGAGAAAGCUGUAGAAUUACAGCAAAAUAGUGCAACGCCCUCAAAUUUUAAAGUGAGUAUGUCAUGGGUGACAAAUUUUAAACGGCGCCAUAACAUAUGUUUAGUGAAUGUGUGUGGUGAAAAAGCCAGUGCUGAUACAAAUGCAGCAGAAAUUUUUAAACAACACUUUCAGCAGUUUAUAGAAGAGCAGGACAUCAACAUAGAAAAUAUUUAUAACAUGGACGAAAGUGGGCUGUUUUGGAAAGCGCUUCCAACGAAAAGUUUAUCCACAGAAAAAAGUGUAGCCGGCUUCAAAGUGAAGAAAGACCGAAUUACCAUCGGUUUAUGUGCCAAUGUUACUGGAACCAAUAAAAUGAAGCCAUUGGUAGUUCAUAAGUACAAAAAGCCAAGAGCGUUGAAGCACUCACUGCACAGACUUCCAGUCUGCUACAAAUCCCAAAAAAAUGCUUGGGUAGACCGUACAAUAUUCCAAGAUUGGGUUGAAAAUCAUUUUAAGCCCAGCGUCCGCGAAUUUCAAUUAAGGAAAAACAUCACUGGGAAAGUGAUACUAUUAGUUGACAAUUGCACAGCUCAUCAACUCUCACCAUCCGAGCACGAUGGAGACUUCUUUUUGUUAAAAUAUCUUCCACCGAACACCACAUCCCUCCUACAACCGAUGGAUCAAGGAGUGAUUCUGAAAACGAAACGAAUGUUUCAGAAAGAAAUGUGCCGCUCAAUUUUAACGUAUGAGGGUGGGGUUAAUGAAUUUUAUGCCCAUUAUAAUAUAAAAGACUGCAUAGAUAUUUUGGUGCACGCAUGGGCAGAAGUUACGCCGGAAAAUAUACGACAUAGUUGGAAUAAAAUAAUUCCAGCUCCUUCACAUAUUCAAAACUAUUAUACAAACGAGAGUGAAGAAGACGGUUUGGAAGAUGUGAUAUCCGUGAUCAGUGAUGGGCGAAUAUCACAAGAAGAAGCAAUUAUUUUUCUGAAUACGUGCCGUGCAGAAGAAGAAAAAGUUACACAAAGUGAUGCAGACAGUGACAACGAAAGUGAGCAGCACAGUGACAAUGAAAGUGAGAACAAUGAUAGUGAAAACGAACACAACAUACAAUCACCGAAAGAACAAAUAAAAUAUAAGUUAUUGUGUUUAAAAUACCAUUUAAUGAGAGCUAACUGUUUAACAGCAGAAAUAGACCAGCUUACGUCUUCAUAG